AUGCGUCAUGGAAGAGGAGCAAACGCCGUCGUAUCAUCCAAAACCUCCCCAUUCCCACACCUCUCCACCAUCCUCAUCACCGCUUCCCUCUCCAAAACCCUAUCCCAAUCCGGCCCCCAAUCCCUAAACCCAAACACCCUCCCCUCAAUCUCCCCCCCAAUCGUCCUCCAAAUCCUCCGCCGAAACUCCUUACACCCCUCAAAGAAACUAACCUUCUUCAAAUGGUGCCGCCACAAUUACAAACACUCCACGUCAGCUUACUCCCACAUCCUCCGCACCCUCUGCCGAUCCAACCUCCUCUCCGAAAUCCCCGAUCUGUUGAACUCGAUGAGAGAAGACGCCGUUAGUCUCGACCAAACGACGUCGAAGAUUCUGUUAGAUUCUCUAAUUGCUUCCGGUAAGUAUGACUCAGCGUUGGGAGUUUUGGAUUACAUGGAGGAGUCAGGAGGAGGUUGCUUAAACCCUAGCGUCUACGAUUCCGUCGUCAUCGCUCUUGUUAAGAAGAAGGAGAUGGAUCUCGCGGUUUCGAUCUUCUUUAAGCUUCUAGAAGGUUCUUCGAAUAGUUAUGUGAAUAGUUAUGUUCCUGGAAACGUUGCUGUUAACGAACUCAUGGUUGGUUUAAGGAGAGGUGAGAUGAAGGAAGAGUUUAAAACGGUUUUCGAGAAGUUAAAAGGAGUGGAACGGUACCGUUUUGAUAAUUACGGUUAUAACAUAUGUAUCCAUGGGUUUGGGACUUGGGGUGAUUUGGAAACCGCGUUUAGUUUGUUUAGAGAGAUGGAAAAUGAUGCUGAUAUAUGCACUUAUAAUAGUUUGAUUCAUGUGUUGUGUUUAUCUGGGAGAGUGGGAGAUGCGUUGGCUGUGUGGGAGGAGCUUAAAGUCUCUGGUCACGAGCCUGAUGACGUGACGUAUCGUGUGUUGAUACAAGGGUGUUGUAAGUCUUGUAGGAUGGGUGAUGCGAUGAGGGUGUUUGGGGAGAUGGAGUAUGAUGGGUUUGUUGGUGAUACUGUUUUGUAUAACUCUGUUUUGGAUGGGUUGUUUAAGGCGAGGAGGGUUGGUGAAGGUUGUGAGUUGUUUGAGAAGAUGGUGAAGGAAGGGGUGAGAGCUUCUUGUUGGACGUAUAAUAUUUUGAUUGAUGGGUUGUUUAGGAACGGGAGGGGUGAAGCUGGGUUUACUCUGUUUUGUGAUUUGAAGAAGAAGAAGGGUCAGUUUGUGGAUGGGAUUACUUUUAGUAUUGUUGUGUUGCAGCUUUGUAGGGAAGGGAAGGUGGAUGCGGCGGUGAAGUUGGUGGAGGAGAUGGAAGAUAGAGGCUUUACGGUUGAUUUGGUUACGAUUAGUUCGCUUUUGAUUGGGUUUCAUAGACAAGGGAGGUGGGAUUGGAAAGAGAAGUUGAUGAAGCAUGUAAGGGAAGGGAACUUGGUUCCUAAUGUUCUGAGAUGGAACGCUGGAGUGGAGGCUUCGUUGAAACGUCCACAGAGUAAAGAUAAAGAUUACACACCAAUGUUUCCGAGUAAAGGAAGCUUCGUGGAUAUCAUGAGCAUGGUGAAUCCAAAAGAAGAGGAAGCAUCAUCACCUUUGGAAGAAGAUGAUCCUUGGUCUUCAUCUCCAUACAUGGACCAAUUAGCCCACAAGGUUAACCAACCUAAGCCAUUGUUUGCUCUAGCCAGAGGGCAAAGAGUUGAAGCUAAACCGGAUUCUUUCGAUGUAGACAUGAUGAACACUUUUCUAUCUAUCUACCUCUCCAAAGGUGAUCUCAGUUUAGCUUGUAAAUUGUUUGAGAUAUUCAACGACAUGGGCGUGACCGAUCUCACAAGCUACACAUACAACUCAAUGAUGAGCUCCUUCGUCAAAAAGGGUUACUACAAAACCGCCCGUGGAGUCCUCGACCAAAUGGGCGACAACUUCUGCGCAGCGGACAUCGCAACAUACAAUGUAAUAAUCCAAGGCUUGGGAAAAAUGGGAAGAGCAGACUUAGCAAGCGCGGUUCUCGACAGACUAACCGAGCAAGGAGGGUAUCUAGACAUCGUAAUGUACAACACGUUGAUCAACGCGCUAGGGAAAGCAAAUAGACUAGACGAAGCAACAAGACUGUUUGAUCACAUGAAGAGCAAUGGGAUAAACCCUGACGUGGUGAGUUACAACACGAUGAUCGAAGUGAAUAGUAAAGCAGGGAGGUUAAAAGAAGCAUACAAGUACUUGAAACUGAUGCUAGACGCAAACUGUUUGCCUAAUCACGUUACUGAUACAAUCCUGGAUUAUCUUGGAAAAGAGAUGGAGAAAGCAAGAUUCAAGAAAGCUUCUUUUGUUCGGACCAAACCAAAUAAUAAUGAUCCUUCAUCUUAG